UGUGGCCUUAGUGUUGACGGUUCCGGGCAGCCAGCCGGCGGUAGCUGAAGGAAUCUGACUGUCACAUCUAACCGGCCUGCGGAUCACCCUGUGGGAGUGGGGGGCAUUUCUCAAAGCCAUCUUCAGGGCUGGACUGAAACAAAGACUUUUGCUCGGAGACCAAAGCAUCAAACCAGCACGAUGGCAGCCCUGGGCAGCGCCGCCCGCCUGAUUCAAUUUGCCAGGAGCAGCAUUGGCCUCAGCAUGAGGAGACACUCCACAGCUGCUGCUUUUGCCCAGACUGCACCACCAGAAACACAGGAAAACAGGAAACCUAAGACAGGAAUCCUCAUGCUGAACAUGGGAGGACCAGAGAAGCUGGAAGAUGUUUAUGACUUCCUGCUACGACUCUUCAUGGACACAGAUCUGAUGAAGCUGCCUGUACAGAGUAAGCUCGGCCCGUUCAUAGCAAAGCGCCGCACACCAAAGAUCCAAGAGCAGUACAGUAAGAUCGGAGGAGGCUCCCCCAUCAAACACUGGACCUCCAUGCAGGGGGAGGGCAUGGUGAAGCUCCUGGAUGAGAUGAGCCCGGACACAGCUCCUCACAAGUUCUACAUCGGCUUCCGCUACGUUAAUCCGCUAACAGAGGACGCCAUUGAAGAGAUGGAGAAGGAUGGUGUGGAGAGAGCGGUGGCCUUCACCCAGUACCCUCAGUACAGCUGCUCCACCACAGGCAGCAGUCUCAACGCCAUCUACCGUUACUAUAGCAACAGAGGAGGAAGGCCCAAAAUGCGAUGGAGUGUCAUUGACCGAUGGCCAACACAUCCUUUGCUGGUGGAGUGUUUUGCAGAACACGUCUUAAACGAACUACAGAAGUUUCCAGAGGACAAGAGAGACGACGUGGUCAUUCUGUUCUCCGCACACUCACUCCCCAUGGCGGUGGUAAACAGAGGAGAUCCGUACCCCCAGGAGGUGGGGGCCACAGUACAGAGAGUCAUGGAGAGACUGGGACACUGCAACCCGUACAGACUGGUGUGGCAGUCCAGGGUGGGGCCCAUGCCGUGGCUCGGCCCGCAGACGGACGAGGUGAUUAAAGGUCUGUGUGAGCGAGGCAAGAAGAACAUCCUGCUGGUUCCCAUCGCCUUCACCUCCGACCACAUCGAGACGCUCCACGAGCUGGACAUCGAGUACGCUCAGGUGCUGGGGGAGGAGUGCGGGGUGGAGAACAUCCGCAGAGCAGAGUCACUGAAUGGGAAUCCUCUCUUCAUGAAGGCUCUGGCAGACCUGGUCCAGUCCCACCUGAAGUCCAACGAGCCGUGUUCCCGCCAGCUGACACUGCGCUGCCCGCUCUGCACAAACCCCACCUGUGGAGAGACCAAAGCCUUUUUUGCCAGCCAGAGGCUCAGAUAGAAACUCACCGACACACCCUGAAGCUCGCCCUGCGACUAAAGGCCUUCUGGGAACAGCUUCACACGCAAAGCGCCUCUGCAGCGACUGCAGACCCCCUGGAGGACGGGCUGGACUGAGUGAAAGUUGUGUGCUGAUCCUCCAGCUUUGCUGGUCCAGUUUAGCAGAGACUCUGGUUACGUUAUCAGUUGAUGUUUCUCAUCCUUGCAUUCCAUUCUUAAUAAGUUGUGACCGUUCUUCAUGCGCCCCAUUUCUCCAACGUGACCCAUUUAUCUUACUGACAGCUGAGAGCCGGUUCUGGGUGAUCAUAUAUGCAAACCACAUCAGUGAAUGUGAGUUCAAAUAAAUCCAGACAGCAAGUUGUUUCAUUUCCACAAUAAAGUGAGUUACAUGUGAAUGAACCAGCAGUAUGAGAUGUUUAAAACGUGCUGCUGUAGACAUUCAACACCUUUUCCUCUGAUCUUUGCUUCCUUCUGCUUUUUACCUUGUCCUAUCUUGAAAUGUGCAGCCUGAGAGUGGUUUUUACUGCACAUGGUCCCAAUGCUUUACUCUAUAGCUCAUUUUCAGAGACUGCCUCAGCAAAUCAAUACAAACAGGGCUGACUUGGAAGAAGGUCAAGUAGCAGCCGAGUCCAAACCAGCUGAGCUAUCUUCUUACAAAUGAAGGAAACAUGUAGGAGUUUGAGUUUCUCAUUAUAUGUAAAGUUUGUCCAAAUGUGACACCAGUUUUUUAUGUGCAUAAACCCGAGUCUUGCUUUUACAAAUGUAUGUCAAAUCCUGACUGUGGAGCCUGUAGAACUGAGAAGGUUCUUGGGUUUCUCUUCAGACAUCAGCAUGCUUCCUCCUCAGAAAGCUUUGAUGAAGGCAAAGUGAGCAAACAGUUCAAACUCUCUAAACUUGUGCCAUCCACCUUUCACCACGCACACCACCACCUCCUCACUACAGCCUGUAGAAAACCCCUUCCUCCAAUCUGGCAUUUAACGUCGACCUUCUAUAAAUGUAGAAUGAGCUGAAGUCUCUUAGUCCUGAUGACUCGUCCUGCAGUAGCAUCGAGGAUCCACGUCGGCAUCUGGGCCAUCAGUCCAGAACUUCAACAGUGAAAUAUGAUCUAACAUUUUUUCCACAGAAACAAAACGGGAACUAAAGAAUCCUAAACUGUUGUUGGAUGUUUCUUCUUCUGCUGUUUUGGUCAGUUUAUGCUAAAACUAAUGUGCCUUCUCUUACACUGGAUCACUAGAAUCACUGCUGAUGUGCUUUAUGUUUAUUUUAAGAUCUGCUUACAUAAUAAUGUGCUGCUGUGACCUGAGCCAUAAACCCUCUCUAGUAUGUUUAAGGUUUCUUUACAUUAACCCUUUAACACCUGAGCUGUCGUUGGUGACGCUUAAACACAAAAUCUUUAACGUAAUGUAACUUUUCAACUGUAACACAACAAUUCCAGUAGAUUCUGAAGGAGAAAAGCGGCGAUCUACUGGAAUUAUCAUGUUAAUGGUUGAAAAGUUACAUUAAAUCAAAGAACACUGGAGCCCAGUGUUAAAGGGUGUGGAAACUAAGUCCAGUUUUCAUGGGGCGGCCGGGUCCCAGCAGAAGUACCCAGCAUCUUUGUGAGUGCGUCUGCUGUUGGGAGGAGUGGAAUAGUGUGUUUGGCAGCAUUUUUGUUGUGCAUACAGCAGAAGAUUUUGAGUUUCAUGACAGAACUGGUGUGUGUUUCUUUUGUUUGAAUGUAUUUAUUUUUUGUGCAUUUGUAACCAUAAAUGAUGUUUACUUGUGUUUGUGUACAGUAACACACAGAGGUCUGGACUGUCUGACUUCUCACCUGUACUGUAAAGACAAGCAUCAUUAGUGCAUUUUUAUCUUAAGUCUUCCUUUAAAAUAAAAACAUGCCUGAAAAAGGAA